AUGACUAAUAAAGUUAUAGCAGAUAUUCAAACACUACCAGUAUUAGAGAAGAACCCCAUCCCAAAAGGGAAGGGAGCAAGAUGCUGCAGAUCAUGCAUGAACAGAAGAGGUAUUAUUAGAAAGUAUGAGCUGAUGAUGUGCAGAAGAUGCUUCAGAGAGUACGCCGAGGACAUUGGGUUUGAAAAGGUAAACUAA